AUGGCAGACUCGACUGCCAAACAAAUGAGGGAAAUGAAGGUUCUUUCGCUAGGCCUUCCCCGCACAGGCUCUGCCUCAAUGGCAGAAGCCCUCACAAUCUUGGGCUACAAAAACGUCUACCACGCCACCCAAGCUAUCAACCGACCAGAAGAUUGGGAAAUUCUAGAACGCGCAUGUGACGCCUCAUUCCCGAAUUUACCUUCUUAUACUGGUAAACCGUUCACCCGCGAGGAAUGGGAUGAGCUUUGGGGUCAUUGCGAAGCUACCACGGAUGUAGCAUCUAUCUUUGCACCACAGCUCAUACAGACAUACCCCGAUGCAAAAGUCAUCCUAGCCAUACGCGACUUUGACCCUUGGUUCAAAAGCGUCGAUCAAAGCGUUUUGCAUAACCUCUGGAAUCCAAUUGCGCAGUUUAGUAUAAAUGUACUCGAACCUAUCCUCGGUUCCGCAAUGGGUCGUUCAGCGCGAAAGCAAAUGCUUGGUUUAUUCCAAGCGUCUACCGUUGAAGAAGCACGCGCCAACGCAAGAGAAACUUAUGAAAGACAUCAUCGGGUGAUUAGAGAGAUGGUUCCUGAGGGACAAUUGUUGGAGUAUCGCAUGGGACAGGGUUGGGGACCUGUUUGUGAGUUUUUGGAUAAGCCUGUGCCAGAGAAAGAGUUUCCUUGGGUUAAUGAAGCGGCGGAGUUGAAGAGGGCCAUUACGGCAAAGAUUAAUAGGAAUAUCAAGGCGGCUGCGAUGGUGGUUUUGCCUUGGGUUGGGGCGAUUGGAGUUGUUGGAGUUGGGGCUUGGAUGGUGGUUAGACGAUGA